AACUGACCCAAAUAAGGUUUUUUUUUCCUUAACUUUAUUGAACGUUCUCAUGUCAAUGAAAAUGUAAAACAGCUGUUUAGAAGUGAAGUAAAUACAAAUUUUAAACUUUUAAAUUAUGGCUUUAUUAUUAAAUUUAAGAAACAGAAAUCUAUUAAAAAGUUGUAUAUUAUCAAGUAAACAAUUCCUGGACUUAAAUGGAAAGAAACGAUUAUCAACAGUUCUAAGCACAAACUCAGAGUCCGGUUAUAGUUGCAUAGAAUUCCAUGGACACUGGCCAGAAGAGGAACAAACCAACUUUCUCAAGGACAUGCGAAUUAUUCAAGAUUUCAUUAGUGUCGAAGAAGAAACAAAACUUUUCGAAGAAAUAGAGCCAUACAUAAAGCGAUUACGAUAUGAAUUUGACCACUGGGAUGAUGCAAUUCAUGGCUUCCGUGAAACAGAACGUAAAAAUUGGUAUCCGCACAACAGAGAAAUAAUAGAAAGAGUACGAUCUACUGCGUUUGCUGGCGAGAUAAUGCAAUAUGUUCAUGUUUUAGAUUUGGCUGAGAAGGGUGUUAUAAAACCACACGUAGAUAGCACUAGGUAUUGCGGAACAACAAUAUCUGGAAUAAGUUUGCUAUCUGAUGCUGUUAUGAGGCUUGUUCGUACUGACGAGAAAAAGUACCAACAAGGAAAUCUCUCCGACGACAAGGGCAAUGAUAACGAAUAUAGAAAUCAACCUGUUACAAAAUUAGAAGGCAAUUUCUAUGCUGAUAUUUUGCUCAGUCAGCGCUCCCUGUACAUAAUGAGUCAUUCGGCGCGAUAUAACUUUACUCAUGAAAUUCUUUCGAAUGAGAAUUCAAUAUUCAAAGGAACCCCAAUUAAGAAAGGCAGACGGAUUUCUAUAAUUUGUCGAAAUGAUCCUUAAUUAAAGAGCAAAUAUUUAAAAUUAUUUUGUUUUUAAAUAAAAAAUAUAUAUUUUA